GCCAGCGGAAUAAAGUCGAUAGUCGAACAGAGGAGUUACAUAAAAGAGCUGAAAACUAACAUUCCAGGUUGAAUUUUGCAAACCAAUAACGAUGGCUGACCAAAGCGAGCUGGAUCAAUUGGCCACUGCCGAGCUGCAGAGGCUGCAACGCCAACAUCGGGGUCUCCAGCUAGAUCUUCGGGGUCUCCUCGAGGAGAAGGCCAAGCGGCUGAAGAAGCAGAAUCACAUGAUCAAUGUGCUGCAAGUUGAGCACCAGAAGCUGAAGGAGGAAAUUAAAACUCUAGAAGGAGGAACUCAUGCGCGAAAGAACACCAAUAGGGAGAAGCACCUGGGCACUUUGCAGGAACAGCAGGCGGAUCUGCAGAAGGUGCUCCAGAAUGAGCGGACCAAUCUCUGGGAGUUGGAGGGCCACAUACGAAAAAUGGAAAAGGAGAUUGAUGCCCUGCGGCGCAACGAAGUGCCCGACAACUGCUACAAGGACUCCAUCUGCAAGGUCCAGAAGAGCGUGGUCAAGUUGGAGAACCGCCUGGAUGUCGUCAACAAAAAGUGCAGCGAUGUGCUCACGGAAAACAGCAAGAUGAGGGACGCCAUUAACCACAUGUUGCAGGACCGGGCAAACUUCAAUGACAUGUGGCAGUCGAUGGUGACCCAGUUCAACGAGGGCAAGAAGUUCAUCAUGGAUCUCAUUGAUCAGUCGACCCUGGCCUUCGACCAGCGAGAAGAGCUGUGCAACAAGCUUACCGUCCUGAAGGAUCGCAACGAGAACGACAAGGUGAUGCACAUCCAGGAGAUGCGCGAGAUGCAGCGGCGCCUGGAGCACGACGCCAAGUUGCAGAAGUUCUUCGACAUCAAGGGACAAAAGCGACUCAAUCCGGAGCUGGAGCAGCGCGAGCUGGACAAGAAGCAGAGCCAGAAGGAGACCUACGAGAAGCAGCUCCUGGAGUACAAGGAGAUCAUCGAGAAGAUCAAGCUGCUCUACGGCGAGGAGGACGCGGACCGACUGGUGGCCCAGUUCAAGCGGCAGGAGGACGAGAACUUUGCCCUCUUCAACUAUGUGAACGAGCUGAGUCACGAGGUGGAAGUACUCAACGAUUCCACUCAGGAACUCCAGGAUGAAAUAGAACGGCAGAAAUCGGAGCAGACCGAGAAGGAGUUGAAGCUUAAGACCGAGGCACUCGACUAUCUGAAUGCCGAAAAGGAGCGAAUUGAGCAGCUGGCGGAGGAGACCAGAGAAAAGAAGCGAACCCUGAGCAUCAGAUUGGAACAGCUCCUCAAGGGCAUCGAGGAUAUAUUCAGACAACUGGCCUGUGACGAUGCUCCCAUCCUGAAUGUGCUCAGUACCAAAACCUUUCUGACAGUCCACAAUGUGAAGCUUUUCAUUGGCGUCAUUGAACGCCGGGUCAACCUGAUCAUCAGCGCCAUCAACAUCGAGGAUAACUCAAACAAAAUACUGGCCCGAAAGGACCGUGUUCCCAAGUUCAACAUACGGGAAUCGGCGAAGACUAAAAAUUAAUAAUACUAGUAGGUGGGUAUUCAUUUUACCCCAAAAUGCUUAGUCGCCAAUAUUAAA